GUCGCCACGCACCCGUUCCGUGAUGGAAAAUAUUUUUAUUCGGUCUAUGGCAACCCUAGCCCGCCAUAUACGCGCGCUCCCCCCUCCUCCAUAUAUACAAAUCUCAAGAUACAAGGCAUGUGACGGCGCGCCGUGGCGACAGUAACACAUCUGACGACGCCAAAACCCAAUUUGCCGCACCGCAUCAACAUGACCAACAGCGUGAAGAAGAACGUGACCUUUGGCCCGAGAACGACGUACCUCUUUGGUAUCGACGUCAACGGAUCAGCCUUGCCCAAGGAGAGUGGCCCGCCCAUCGGACUCGCGUCCAAGCACCACACGAUCACGAUCGAGCCGAGCGUCGAGAGGCUCGUUGAGAAACGCCGCCGCCGCGUGCGGAGAUUCGACCACACGGAGCGCAUUCGCAUGCUCCAGACGCUCUACGACGCCAAGACGCUCGCUGUCUUUUGCUACGAAGCCAUCGACAGCCGCAAGGAACGGCUCGAGACGGCCGACGAACUCGCGCAGGCCGAGCGUUGCCUGGCCGACCGGCGACGAAAGCGGGCCGCCGAGACGGCACCGCCCGCCAUGAAGCGCCAGCGCAUGGUCUUUGCCAUGGAGUAUGACAACGACGAAGAUGAAGAUGAAGAGGACGACGAGUAGAGUUUUUGGUUCAGUAUUUAUCCUAUCUAAUCGAAACAAACUUGUUUUCUCGUGAU